AAUGUGGGUGUGUGCGUGUGUUGUCGAGGCGCGCGUUGGUCUGUUUACCGAGCGAGGCAGCAGCCGGCGCGCGCACUGAGCACGGACUCACGUGCGAAACAAGAGUUUCCAGCGCUGCUGAAUUGUAAUAGCUUUCCAUGGUGUUUUCCUUUCAGUUUAUCGGUGCUAAUUCGUUCCGGGCGUAAACUAAACAUUGUGUGUGCCGUUCGGAUACUCCGGGUUUGAUUUUCGUGCGGCUAAUAAAAAUUAUACGUGUUUUCGGGCGGAUGCGAUGAAUAAAUUUUGCAAAUCGAGUCUGUGUGUCGAAAAGUUUCGUGAGAGCUAUGCUUUGAUCGGUCGACGAGUGGUAGUGGAUGUUGUCGGAGUUCUUUUGGUGAUAUCAGUGAGCUUGAGGCUGUGCAGGCUGUUGCUGUGGCCUCUGGGACUUGGAGACAUCAGUGUCGGGAUCAUGACACACUUGUUACUCCGCGACACUGCCGGCGUCUGAGAUUGAUCCGCGGCGUGCAAAGAAGACUAAAGUGCCAUUCAACCAGUUUACCACACAGUGAUAUUUAGCCUUAAACUAGCGUUAGUGUCAGUGAUAUUAAAGUGUUAAUCUAGUUUUACAAACGUUACCAAAAAAUCAGCGAAACUGGCUCCUUACAAGGAUAUAAUGAAUCAGUCGAGCAUGAGUGCUGUGCCGACGAUAAAGUGUGAGGACGUGGCGUCGCCGGUAGGUGGCGCUGGGGCAGACGACCCAGGUGGCGCGUACAACCUGAGCGUCAACGUGAACCUGAGCGCGUCGGUCAUAGGUCUCCUAACUGCUGAGUCUGCGAAUACAACGUUGCGGACGCCGGAGAUCGUGAACGAUGUCAUCACCAUGACGAAUCCUCUGGACCAGUACAACUACAGCGAGAAGACUUCAGGAUUCAAGAGUGCGAGCGGGAACGACUCCAACUCCUCCAUGUCCAACGGCUCGUCGGCGACGUCGCCAGCCUCCGGUACUCCGCCCAGCAUACAAAAGACUUGCUCGGAACUAAUAAAGGCUGGUUUGAAGCUGUCCAUCGAGUCGAAACGCAAGAUGUCCGGCAGCGACACGGACAUAGGCAUCAAGAGGAUGAAGAGGGAGGACAGCGAUGAGGAUUAUGACAGCAGUCACACGCACACGACUAAGAGCGAAGGGCUUACGCCCGAAGACGAGGAACGGCGGCGGCGACGAAGAGAGCGCAACAAAAUCGCAGCCACCAAGUGCAGACUGAAGAAACGGGAGCGCACCGUCAACCUGGUCUCCGAGAGCGAGGUGCUUGAGAACCAGAACAUAGACCUGAAGGCGCAGUUGAAGGACCUCGAAGUGGAGAGGCGGCAGCUCUUGGAAAUGCUCAAUGUGCACAAAGCCUCGUGCGUCAAGAACGGAGCGCGGGCCUCGCCCACGAACCCCAGCUACAACCUCGUCCGCUACGACACCAACACAUUCCCCGCCUUCGAGCAGAGCCCCUACAUCCGCCCCGAAUCCGCCAACAUCCUCGCCUCGGCCACCAGCUUCCCCGGGGACAUAGAACCCAUCGCGUCCAUCGAGCCCCUCUACAUGUCCCAGAUCAUAGAGGGCGACUACACCCGGCCCGACAGCGUGCUCAGCCUACAGACCAACCCUGACACGUUCGUCACGACGGACGGCUUCAUAUCUAAGACCACAAACCUCCUCGUCCCGAUCGAGUCUGAACAAGAGUACUACGACGCCGAGGCCAACUACAACUUGAGCACGCAGCAGUGCCAUACGUACCCUGCGACCGUCCCCGACUCGCAAACCAAACUCAACAACGGCCUCAACGACGGCUGCCUGGUCUAACGUCUCACGAGUAUACGUAUGUUUAAGCAUUGAGAAAUUCGGAAUAGAGCGUCAUCACCGUUGCAACUUUUACUUCACUUUGUUUCUAUGUCCAAUGUGAUAAUUUUUCAUAACUUUGUCUUUAAAAGUGAAGUAAAAGCUGCCCUUUUUUCGUAAUAUAUAGAAAUUUAAGCUAAAGCAGGGAUGGGAGGUAUAUUUCGAAACGAAGUCGUAUGUCUACUGUGUAGAACAACAGCAUAGAUUAGUAUGGUGCCUGUAUCGCGUAUGACGAGUGAAACUAAAGGGUAUUGGCGAAAGAUUACUCCAUUUAGGUAGGUAUCAACAUUUUCAUUUCAACUAUUUCGACAUUAUGACCAUUUAUUUUUGUUAUGUUUAUUUUAUUCCGCGUUGUGAAAUAAUAAAAUUAUUGCUUAACACUUCAAUGGAAACUGUGAAACAGUUGAUAGGUAGGUACCCCCUAUUUUAUUUUUACCUAGAUGUUUAACUCUUAACAUAUGAUUAGGUACCACUCUCGGUUAUUUUUUUAAGUUAAAUAAUUUUGCUUUGAUCUGUUUAAAAAUAAGUUUACUGGUUGAGAUCUGAUUAUGAGGUGCAAUAUGAUAAAUGAGAUUAAAUGAAUGAAAGUAAGUAUCUCACGAUGAAAAAUUCUGCACGUUACAAAUUGUUUUGUUGAUUGAAAGUAUAUAUAAUAUCUUGCACAAAACAAAGAAAAUACCUAAAAUAAUAUACAUCACAUUAAAAUAUUUUAUCUUCCAAUAGGUAAUUAGAAUUACAAAUACCUCCCGUUGAUAUUCCGAAAGUAUAUUGUAUUGUUGCUAAAAUAUAUUCACAGAUUAUUAACGAAUAGAUUUAUAAAGAUGAAAACUUACAUGAUUUAUAUAAGUAGAUAAGUGUUGUAGCUAUACAAAAAAUAAUAUUAGCGUGUAAGGUGCUUUAAUACAAAAUACAACUGAUAGAAUAUAAACAUGGCGUUAUAUGAAGGGAAACAAAAUUUAAUGGCUUUAUAAGUAAGGUGUCGAAUAAUAUGUAUCAUAGGUAUAUUUUUUUGUUGUGAAUGUAUCUCUGAUAUAACUUAUUUCAAAUAAACCGUAUUCUCCGUCAAUAGAUGUGAAAAUCAGGGUGAAUUUCUUUUUCAUUCUUUCUAGUUACAACUAGCCAAGUGUGAAAGAGAAAUUUUACGACCCCCUUUCCAGUUUCAGACAGACAUAAGCGUAGGAACCUAUGAAUAAGUUUAGCUACACGAACUUCUAAAGUUGCCGAGUAGUAAUAAAAAGAAGAUCGUAGUAUGUUAAAUGUAAAUAUUUUGGUAGGUAUCAAAAAUAUGAUAGUCAGGUUCCUCGAAAAAAGGCACUAAACCGCGUAAGUUACGAGUAUGGAGGUCUACGAAUUUUGAUUUAAAAUAUUUUUGAAAAUUCAACGUGCCUAAUUUAUUCACAAACUGCAAGCAGAUUUUGAGCAAGACCUUGAAAUACAGUAAAGCGGAAACUUGAGCCUUCUUUCGAUGUACAAACGUCAUAUACUCGUACAUGCUAUAGAAUAGUUUAUUAUGAUAUGGUGCCUUUGAUUAAACACAAUCAGGAAUAUUACCGUUUUGUUGUAAAAUAUUAAUGUUAUAUUUUUGUACGAUUUUACCAUAUUAAGCGAUAAAUGCGAUUGUAUUUGAGCUACCAUCUGUUAAAGAUUACCCUUAUUAUUGUUAUUCAUGGUGUAGCCGAUAACCGGAGUUGUGCUUUUGCCGAGUAAUUUUACGAAAGAAUUUAGAAAAAAAACGAGAACUUACCAAUUACUAUAAUUAAAUAUCAAAGUCCAAUAUUGUAGAGUCAGUAAUACUAUUCGCUUGGCACCUUUGCAUACAAACAAACAAACAUUAUUACACAAAUUUCUAUGCAGGGGGGUAACUUUUCUAUGCAGCUGACUGUACCUCUUAUAUUCGAAUGACAAGAGAAAUAAAAUUGUGUUUUACUCGCAAUUAUUAAGCUAUCAGAAUAUAGGAAUGUAUGUUUUAGAUUGGCAAACAUUGAACUGAUUAUUGUCCGCAAAGUACAGAAUUUGUACCGUGGAAAUUCUGUACUCUGUGCAUUUGCCUCUAACUCGCGUUUUUCCUCAACUAAUAAAAACUAUAAUAUUUUCGUUGUCAGUACCUAAUACAAUAACUUAUGUUACCUAUAGAGUUUAGGUAAGUACUCGUAUCUACCCUUUAAAAACCGUCCUGAAGCCGACUCCGGUGCGCGACACAUACUUAGAUACCUAUGAAUACUUACAAUAACGUGGCGUGUAUCGUUUUUAUGAAUUUGUGUGUUUAAAUGGUCAAGUUUCGUUAAUUUGCAUACAAAGCUUGAGUAAAAUGUACGUGACAACAUAGUAAUGGUCUAAGUUUACUGUAGCUCAGAUACAUGGUAUUGCAAACCAAUACUGACAGCAGUGCCUUCGCGUAUAAAACCAGUGUCCCUAGUCUUUUGGCCUCCCCGAGAGCCAAGUCGCGCAAGCAUUUAUUUUUAUAUUGUUGGUAAUACAAAUACAUUGUGAUAAAAGUUAACUUAAAUACCUAUUUAUUGACAGCACAAUUUUAAGGAUAUAUGAUUUCUCUUGUUUAACAAGAAUGUUAUUUAAUGAAAUGCAAUGAGCUGGAAUUCUGUUUAGAAAUACAUUUUGUCUUACUCUAUUAUUGUCAAUCUAUUUUCGAUUUUAUUAAUUUGGGCAUUACAUAUAAAUCUCAUACAGUUUCAGAUUUUUCGUUGUUGUCACAUUUGAAUUGUAGUAUGAAUCUUCUCAAAUUAUUUUUACGCCUCAGACCAUUAUCCGUUAAACGAAAGCCUUAGUUUAUUUUAUGGAGAGGCGCCUUAAGCGCGUGCCGAAGCAACCAUGUCGUUAAAAACAACUAUUGUAGUAGUAAUAAGGUUCAAAUUUAUGCAACUGCUCAUUCUGAGAUAAGGAGUUUGGGUGAUGUAUAACCAUCAGAGGACGGUAGACUUUCUUUUAAACGAGUUUGGUGCUACCGCAUUUGUAACCGCUGCACAAAAGAAACAAAGGAUUUUGUUUAACAAAUUAAGGUCUGACGCGUAAAAAUCAUUUGAGAAAAUUCAUACAAUAAAAUACCUUGUGUAAGUGUAAAUAAAAAUUGUAUAAUUAAAGCUCAUUGCAUCUUAGAAGUGUGAAGGUACCGUCACAGUAAUCUUACAAGUAAGAUUAACUUUAGAGGGUAUAGUAGCGUAUAAGAAAGCUUUCUGUCUAAGCAACGAGUCGUUUAAGUUUUCAACCUUAUUAACAUGUAGAUAAAGUUCAAAAUGUUAACCGCUGUUGCUAACUGUACCGCGUUUUUGCAGUUACUAAAUUAUCUGUCCGAAUGGUCAAUUUCAGAACAGAUAAAUUAGUAUAUUUGCUCUAUGAUAUAUAAGUAUAAAAGUAACUACUUUUUCAUGAAUUUUGGUUGUUAUAUAACUGCUAGUAUUACACCUUAUUUAAGAGUUAUUGUUGUAAUAUAGAUGUAUCUAUUUAUAUUCCUUACUAUUAAUUAUAAUUCUUGCAUUUUGAACGAUCGUAUUCUUGAUACCUAUGAAACGAUUACAGGAAAUAUCGUAUUGAAACGGAAGAAUUAUAAGUACCAUACCAUACAACUAUUUAAUACAUAUUAUUUUUAUGUCUAUUAUUAAAUCAUUAUAAUGCUUCUCUGACUCAGAUGGAAUGAAAUAGUACCGUUCGUUAAUGAUAUAUUUUUAUAAAUAUAAUACCACAUUCAGGAUGCGUUUCUAACAGAGAUGUGCGAGGAUGCGUAGCGGGGGAUGUGUUUGUUAUGGACCCAUAUAAUAUCGUACUAGAACCAGUGGGGCGACACCUUUCAGUUAUUCUCGGCUUCGUAUUGCUCCGAGCAAUUAUUAGGGUUGGCACAACUUGACGUCCCUUUGCGUGCACCACCACAGAUAAGAUAAUGACUUGAAUUUUGACAACCCUAAAUAGCCAAAAGGGAUAGUGCCCUACAUUAAAAAGGAAUAGCAUGAUUCGUCUCUGAAUCGGUGUAACAUCGGUUUUGUAGAAAGUGUCAUUUCUGUACGGUAGUACUAUUAUUUAUUCUGUGCUAGAACUGCGCUGAGCGAGGAUAAGUAAAUUCAGUGAUUCUAUUGGUUCAUAACAAGCAUCCCUCGCUAAGCAUCCUCAUAGAUCUCUGAUGGAAAAACGUAAACAUUUUGGUACUAUUUGUCACAAAGUGAUUAUCAUUAUGAAUACUGUAAGACACAUUGUUGAGACAUUUUAACACAGUUGUGAAAUGUGUAUAGGUUUUAAGUGUUGUAAACAUCACUUGUACCUGCUUCUUUAAAGCAUAUGACAGACAAAGCAAAAUUAUUGUGCUUACAAAUAUUAAAAAAUAAAUCGUAUAUUGCAUA